AUGUUCAAUAAUUUAAUAAUUUUUUAUUUAAUUUUUUGUUUUCAAAUUAAUUUUAUUUCAACUUCUUCAAUAAAUUGUACAUUUGAAAAGAUUAAAGAAGAAGAAGAGGAUUUUUGUGGUUGGAAACCAGAAAAUAAUAUUUGGAAAACUGGAAAUGAAGUAUUAGUAGAUUCUGUUAAUUAUGUUAUUCAUUCUUCUAGUGGAGGAGAUCGUUUUGCCUAUGUUCAAGGCCAUUAUGGAUCACCUUUAGAAGGAAAACUUUCAAGUCCCUUAAUUUCAUCAGACAAAAAACUUUUACGUUUUAAUUAUUGGAAAUUAUCAAAUACCCCUUCAAUGGAUAUUUGUAUUGAAAAAGAAGAAAAUAAAAAUAAAAUAGAAAAAUGUAUAGAUUCAAUACAAGGAUUGGGAGAAAAUCAUUGGAUUUUGAGAAUGAUUGAAUUACCUAAAGAAGAAAAAAAUUUUAAAAUUAUUUUUAAAGCAAGGAAUUUACUUUCUGAAGAUAUUAUUGGAAUAGAUGAUAUUCAAAUAUUACCCUCAGAAACAGAAGAAACAAAUAAUAAAAAUCAGAAUAAAAAUAAAAUAAAAAAGCAAAGAAAAUCAGAAGAAGAAAACACGGAAAUAAAUAAAAAUCAGAAUUAUUUAAAUCAGAAUAUAAAAAAAGAAAACACAAAUAAAAACACAAAUAAAAAUCAGAAUAUUAAAAUAAAACACAAACAAAGAAAAUCGUCAAAUAUUAAAAAUUCUGAAGAAGAAAAUACAAAUCAGAAUAAUAAUAUAACUAGAAUAAUUCCAUAUUCUGAAAUAAUUAAAAAUAAAAAAGAAGAGAAAUUAAAUAAAAAUAAUACUACAAUUUUAAAACACGUACGAUUAUCACCAUUAACUGGAAGAAAUAAUAAAAUAUUUUUUAGAGAAGAAAAUAAAAAUAUUGAUAGACCCAAAGCACCCUUAUUUAUUGAAAGACCUUCAGCAACAACAACUACAAUGGAAAGAAUUGCAAAGAAUGAACAAUGUACUGCAGUUAGUUGUUCUUUUAUGGAUGGAAUAUGUCUUUGGGAUUUGGGCCCUGGAUGGAAAAGUGAUUCCCAUGGAAGUGUUUCGAUCGAAUUAAAAUCAUUUUCGACUUUAUCAGUUUCUUCCCCUUUGCCCUUAUCUGCUAUAGACCAUUCUCAAAUGGUUAGUGCUUUGUUUAGACCUCCAGUUGCUUCUUAUGUUGAUUUUGACCUUUGGCUGAGGUAA